AUGGCUCAUUUUGUUGCAUGCAAUAAAACUGAUGAUGCAUCUCAUGUUGCUGCAUUGUUCUUUAAAGAUGUCAUUAGAUUGCAUGGCAUGCCGCGCACCAUUGUUUCUGAUCGUGACACUAAGUUCCUUAGUUACUUUUGGAAAACCUUGUGGUCUAAGUUAGGGACUAAGCUUUUAUUUUCCACCACUUGUCAUCCCCAAACUGAUGGUCAAACUGAGGUUGUAAACCGGACUUUAGGAACCUUGUUGCGUGUGCUGCUUAAAAAGAAUCUUAAGAAUUGGGAUGAUUGCUUGCCUCAUAUAGAAUUUGCUUAUAAUCAUUCUGUGCAUUCAGCAUCUAAGUUCUCUCCUUUUGAAAUUGUUUAUGGGUUUAAACCCCUGUCACCUUUGGAUUUAAUGCCUCUGCCUUUGAGUGAAAGGUUGAGUACAGAUGGACAGAAGAGAGCUGAGAUGGUGAAGAAGAUACAUGAGCAGGCAAAGAAGAACAUUGAGGAAAAGACAAGGCAGUAUGCCAAGAAGGCCAACAAGGGACGGCGCGAAUUAAUCUUUGAGGCUGGAGAUCAAGUUUGGAUUCAUCUUCGCAAAGAAAGAUUCCCAGCCGAGCGCAAGUCCAAGCUAUGCCGCGCAUUGAUGGCCCUUUCACAGUCACCAAGCGAAUCAACAAUAACUCUUAUAGAGUUGAUCUCCAAGAGGGAGGGGAUGAUGCGAUCAUGGACAAGGAGGUUCAGGAAAACAGCUUUUGGCCGAGGAAGAAGAUGGAAUGGAGCAGCUUUAGCCGAGGAGGGACUUGAAGCAGAGCAGCUUGUACCUGAGGAGAGCAUAGCCAUUCCAACUGGCCCAAUCACUCGUUCAAGAACUAAGGCACUAAACCAAGCAAUUGGCAAAGUCCUUAGCUGUUUGAACAACAAGAAACAAGCCAACUACUCUGGUUUGCUUGAAGGCCUUACAUGGGAUAAAGAGACAAGUGUGUUUGGUGUGCUCUUUUUCCCUUGUCAAGUUUUGUCCCUUUGGGUUUUCUUGACAAGGUUUUUAACGAGGCCCAUUGCACACUUCCAAAUCCUCUCUUUUCUCAUUUGUGAAGGUCCGGCCCAAGAUUCAAAGGAGAGCGCCAAGAAGCCGAAGGGUCGUCUUUCUCAGUCUUUGUUUCAUUUAUGUUUUGUGUUUUCGAGAUGA